AUGAGCGCAGAAGCGACAGCUAAUUCCCAAGCAGACGUCUUGAGUAAAGUUAAUAUUUCUAAAUCGACAACUGCACCAGCUAAUAUGAAUAACCAAAAAGUUACGAAGACUAUUGUGACAUCACCAUAUAUUUACAAACCUGUUGGACCAUAUAGUCAAGCUAUUCUAGCCGACAAGACUCUGUACGUGUCCGGUGUAUUGGGAUUAGACCAGCAAGGACAGCUAGUAUGUGGUGAUGCAGAGGGUCAAGCUCAACAAGCACUAGAUAAUUUAAAACAUGUUUUGGAAGCUGGUGGUUCUUCGCUUAAGGGUGCUGUAAAGACCACUAUUUUACUUGCUAAUAUGGACGAUUUUCAAGCUGUAAACAAAGUGUAUGCAAAAUAUUUCUCCAAAGAUUUUCCAGCACGUGCUACGUAUCAAGUUGCCAAACUCCCUCUUGGUGCGGCAGUAGAAAUAGAAGCCAUUGCUCUAAGCGGCGACGUCGUCGUGACGGAGGCAGGACCUUGCCCUUGCUCCCGCGUA